AGACGGUCCCUAACAGACUCCACUGGUGAGCGUCGUGCUUCGCGGAGUGAAAGCAAGAGCCGCGUUUUCCCUAAUGUGAUCGAGUUGUCAAGGAUUCACGUUUCCAACACUGUGGAAGGACGGCCGAACUUCUGUCUUCAAAAUAAGUUCAAUCUGAUGGGAGACUGGUCGCCUUUCUACGAGACAUUGCGUUUGGAAAACGAAAGUGGUGGAGGGUGAAAAUGAGUGAAGAUGUGAAGCGGAGAGCUCCGAAAGAACACACGACUGAUCCUCACAGCCGAUUGAGUGUGCAGCCCAAGAUGCAGCUGAUGGAUCACGGGGAUGGAAGUCAUUCAUCCCACGAUGAACCCGCCGCAGAGAGAAGCGGCAUGAAGCGACUCAGCACUCUGUGGUCCUCCUUCCGGCACGGCAAGAAAGACCGGUUAAAAGACGUGCCGGAGUCCCCGGUGGAGCCGGGCCCCGCGGAGCCCCAGGAGCGUGAGCCCCGCGUCAUCCGGGGCCAGUACUUCUUCGAGUACCUGGUGGUGGUCAGCCUGGUGAAGAGCGGCGGCGGCUACGAGCCCCAGAUCUCCUACCAGUUCCCCAAGAGAGACGGAAUGGGGAGGUCUCAGAAGGAAGAGGAGGAGAAGAUCCUGAAAGCCAUCACUCUGUUCUGCUUCCCUGAGGGUAUUGACUGGGCCCCCAUGACAGAGUACCAGAGCGAGACGUUCUCGUUCGUUCUGACCGAGGUGGACGGCAGCAGGAAGAACGGAUACUGCCGGAGGUUAUUGCCCAAAGGUAACAAAGCGUGCCCGCCAGAGGCUUACUGCAUCAUCAGCAAACUGGCCUGUUUUGGUCUCUUUUCCAAGAUCUUCGACGAGGUGGAGAAGCGCCGGCAGAAGUCCAUGGCCAUGAUCUACCCCUUCAUGCAGAAGCUGAGGGAGUCCCCGUUCCCUGCCCCCGGGAACAGCGUGGAGAUCAAGAGCCACAUCCCAGAGUCCGGAACCGAGAUCAUCAAGUUGACGCGCCCGCUGGACUCCUGGCUGGAGCACGUGAACUUCGCCACGCUGUGCGGCUGUCUGAGCAACCAAGAGAUCCUGCUGGUGUUCGCCGCCGCCGUCCUGGAGAGGAGGAUCGUCUUCAUCGCCGAAGAGCUGGGAACGUUGUCCCAGGUGGCCCAUGCUGUCUCGGCCCUGCUGUACCCCUUCACCUGGCAGCACACCCUAAUCUCCAUCGUGCCCAGCAUCCUCAUCGACGUUGUCAUGGCGCCCACGCCCUACCUGCUGGGGGUCCAGAAGAAGAUGGUGGAUUUGAUCGACGACAAGUGCGACAUGCUGCUGGUUGACUUGUCGGAGAACAGGACAGAGACGUUCAUCGCUUCAAUCGGCGAUGAGAGAUCCAUCUUACCUCCAAAGCUGCAUGACGAGAUCCUGCUGGCCCUGGAGAACAAGAAGGAGAAAGCUACCGUGGAGGAGUGGAACCGGGUGGUGUCCGAGGCCUUCCUGGGCUUCUUUGUGAAGACGGUGGGCCACUACGCCUCGUAUCUGACCUCGAGUGGCGGGGCGGAGGCGCCCAGGACGUUCCAGAGCCGGGCCUUCUACAAGUCCAUCAAGAGCAACACCACCCGGCACUUUGUCAAGAAGUUCAUGCAGACGCAGAUGUUCGACAUCUUCAUCCAGGAGGCGGAGCAGCGACAGUCUGGGACGCAUCAAGGAAUUUUCCAUCAGAAGAUUCAGGAAUACCAGAAUAAUAGGAAAGCGGAGAAGAAGAAGCGGUGAAUCCUACGGCCCACAGAGUUGAAGGCAUAUUAAAUAAUUUAACAUCGCCUCCGGAACAGUUUAUUCCAUAGGUAGGUCCUGGAAUAAAGGAACAUGGACCAGACCCAAGGAAACGAUGCAUACUCCCAAUAUAAGCUGUGUACAUCUGGGACAAACAGUUAAAUUAAGUCCAUUAUUGUUGCCUGUAAAUACGAUUCAUUGAUUUUGUAUGUCUCCUAUGAACGCGUUUGUAGCGCUGUAUCUUUUAAUUGUAUUUUUAUGAAUCUAGAAAAAGUGAUAAUUGAGCUGCUAUUUUACCAUUGAUUUUAAUCUAGAGUCAGAGGGGCGGUUAAUUUUAAAAGAAGGAAUGAACCUGUCGACCCAUCGUUGGAUCAGACCACUUUGUGUAUGAUGUGACUGUUGCGUUGCCCCGGUUAGCUUUUGUUAGCGGUGAGCGCUAACACAAGAACAGCUCAUAGGAUUAGCUUGCGCUCUUUCCUGUCUUAAAGGUACAAUUACAUGGGAAAAGUAGUGUUCAUUUUUAAGAAUUCAACUCAUUUUAUUGGUUUUUUUUCUCCAAAGACCGAACUGACGCCGGGUAGCACUUCUGUCAGGUUUGAUAUUGUCGUAUCACUGUAUCGCAUGGGGACAAGCCACUGUCGUCAGUCAUGAAUAAACAUGUUUGAUUUA